AAUGGUAACGGCCCGUUUCCGGGGUGGAGCUAGGGAGGGCGGGAGUUUAGGCUGCGCCGACCCCUCAGCCCCCCUCCAGGAGACGUUCGGAACCCAGGACAUGUCGGGAUUGAGGAGAUACGAGGUGGCGCUGGAGGCGGAGGAGGAGAUCUACUGGGGCUGUUUCUACUUUUUCCCCUGGCUGCGAAUGUGGCGCAGGGAGAGGAGCUCUGCGCACCCCCGAGAGCAGAAGCUGGAGCCUCUGCGGGGCCUGAUGAGCUGUCUGUCGAGCGGCCUUGGCCCUGCUCCCCAUCGCUCAGGUCGUGGCCUCCUCUGCCGCACCCCUGCCACCGCUGCCCAGACAGCCGGUGCAUUAAAAAUUUAAAGCGAAGCCCACCAUACUGCCUUCCUGACUCUGCCGCCGCUGCCACCAUUCGAUGCCAUCAUUCGGACUGGAAGCCCCUCUCCACACCUAUUUACAUACCGACAGGAUCUUCCUCCCUGGUGGGGUGCUUUUCCAUAUCAACCCCCCCCCAUGCCUAAGGGGCCCCUAUCAAGUCAGGCUUCCUGUUACUAUCAAAAGUGACUGCUUUCCUGUGCCCCCACCACCAAAAAAGAAAAAAACAAAACAAAACUCCCUUCACUGUCAGUAGUCUUAUAUGGAGAGAAGUAAAUAAUCCUGGCCUGAUCUCCCUGUCCGCCUCAUCCCCAUGCUGAUAUGUUCCCACAGCCCCAUCUCUUGGUCACCACCUUCCCCCUAGCCAGAAUUCUGCUGGGUAUCUGAAGAAUCUUCCCUUCCUGGGAACGAAUCUAAAGCCCUGUAAGCCAGGGUUGUAGGAAGUAGGCUGACAGAGGAGGGGUGAUUCCUAAGAAGCUGUCUCUUCACAAAAGCUGCCUCUUCAUGUGACCUGCCUCAGGAGACUGAUGUGGGUUGGAGGCCUUUCCUACAGUUAGUCCCCCAACCUGGCUUCUCCAGGCUAAGCCCAAUUUUGGAUGUUCUUAGCGUUAACCCACCUAGCUGUUAUUGAUACUUCCCUAGUAAAGUCCCAGGGCCACUGCUCCCUGCCAUCCCAUUUUAUUGUGUUGCUCGAAUCAGCCUGGGCUCCACUAACUCCCAACGUGGUGAGACGACUCCCAAAGCAGAGGACUUCUUUGUUAGCCUGCUUUUCGUUAGGGACUAACCUCAGCAUUAGAAGGGACACCAGGGCGUUAAGUUACAAAGACAGCCCAGUUUCUAGCUGGGGCCAAUGACUUUCAGCCUGGGCUGCCCCUUCGGACAGCAGACUUGGCCUGAUCUUUGGAAAAGCCAAAGGGGAGAGACGGGUGGACACCUAGAAUUUGUUUUCUGCCUUCCAAAGUUCUCUGGAAUUGACAAGUCCAGGAAAGAUCACAAAGUGUAUGACGGGCAACCAACUGAUGAAGAAGGUUUGUGACGAGAUGAUGGGGAUCUUGGGGAAGUUCCUCGGAAGUUCUUCAGUGGCUACACCCAAGCUUUGGGGCACAAGUCCAGACUGGGAGUGAGAGGGAUCCUAAGAUCUCUGGUACCAAAGAUUCAAGAUGAGUCACCUCUAGGUUAUCUCUUUGAAGAAAGCAACAAAGCUCUUAAGCUAUUUCUUAACAAUGUCUACAUCAGAGAUCCCUUCAAAUGUGGAAUGCUGUGUCAAGUCCUGGGCCUAUACCUCACCAAGAUACUGUCAGAAGACCUGAAGAGCCCUGAGACAAACUCCAGGGAGGGGCCUUCACACCUCAGCCUGGACAGAAGGAGAGGUCAGGUUUUCAGCCUGAAGGGGAACUAGUCCCUACUCUGGGAGCUGACAUCUUUCCUGUUGAAGCAGUCCUAUAACAGAAACAGUGCUCAGAGAAGGUGUGACUAUCCCAAAAACCUAUCCCUUAGAGGAUGACUGUCCCCAAAUCAGAAGACUAGAAAACACCCUGAAACAUCCAGAUAAGGACUGGGUUAAUGGGUUAUGACUCAGUUUAUGUUUCAAAUACAGUGCAAGACUUGAGGGUGGAAAUCCCAAGUGAGUGGGACAUUUUGCAAGGACCUGGGCCACUAACCCAACAGCCUGUCCCCAUCCCUGCCCUACCCUAGGUAGUUGCCAGCAUUCUGGAAAGCACUAGAUGAGGAAGGGUAGGAGUGUUGCUUUGAGGGGAGGGAGGAGAGGAGGAAGGCCUAGGUGUGGGAUUGGGAAAGAAGGAUAGGAAGGAAAUACAGUAGGGGCUACAGUGAUAGGAUGGGAGGCAGAAGGUGUAGGGGUUGGAAAAGUUGUAUUACUGAGCCAGGCGGCAAGCGGGUAAUGUUUCUCUAGGCCCACAGUGGAAAGAGGCUGGAAUUCAAAUAGAACUAAAGAGAUGUAAUUCUGUUUUCGAGUCUGAUGUCUCCCAGUAAGCCAGGGGCUGAGUCUGGAAGUCCAGACCCCUACUGACAAGCUGAUAUUCCUGCAACAGAACUAGGCAAAACCAGGAAGGUAAGAUUUCUUGGGCCUUUCACUGUUUUGACAUCGGCACCAGAGUUUUUAUCUCCCCUCCUCAUCCUUACUUUUCCUCCUUGUCUCAUCUUCCUGGGGAAAGCAGCCCCUAUUCAGCAUCCCCAGAGUACUCUCAAAACUAUCAAAAGGGCCUUCUCCCAGCUUCUCUGAAAGUGUCUGGUCCCAGCCAAGAUCCCUCCCUCAGCCCGAAGGGCCUUCUUUAGGGACCCAUGCCCAUCAACUUCUGAUAAGACAGACAUGCCAGAACAGGAAGUGGGGAGGCAGAGAUGAAGGCAAGUUAGUGCUGGCCUGCUCUCUGCUCCCACCCCACCCACAACACCCCUGUCCAAAUGUGUGUGUGCUAGUAUGAUUGUGAGUGUGAUUGGAUGAUUAUGGAAACACAACUAUAUGGGAGUGGGAAUUUGAGUUUAAUUGGGGCUGUAUGAUUUUGUCUAUGACUGUCCAAUCAUGAGUGUGACUUUGUGAGCUUAUUUGAGUGACCAAGGUGUGACUGUGAAUGAGGCCAUGGAUAUAUGAGUAUGAAUGUCUCACAUUACAUGCUACUGUGGACCCUUAGCUGUCGUUAGUCACUGUAUGUCAGUCCCCACAUCAUGCACUAUCCCUCUGCCCUACUUCUCUGACCAAGGCUUAGGAGCCCAUGGGAAAUGGCAUUACUAGAAGACGAAGGAGUCUAUGUCUACAGGCCAAAAUUUAAAGCUCAGGAGUGUCACAAGAUAAGCACUGCAUCUUCACCUGUCUCUGACUCACCUGGUGCCCCAGGUAAAAUACACUCAGAUAAAAGGUAGGACAGGAGGAGGAGAGAGAGGAAAGUGUCUCGGCUAGGCUAAACAGCAUGAAGUGGCUCUCGCCCACCAGCAGCCUCCUGCUGCUAUUGUUGCUCCUAAGCCCAGACCCUGGAGCAGGUAAGUACCUUGGGAUAGAAGUCUGGGAAUCUAGGUGAAAGGACUGAAGGGAAGGGGCCCAGGAAGUCCAUCCUUCAGCUAUGUAAUGAAGCAGUUCUGGGUCUGGAUCCUUCUAAACACACGGACCCAUUGUCCCAUAGCAUUGCUACUGCCACCCAGCACUACCUGCUGUACUCAGCUCUACAGACAGCCACUCUCCAAAAAGCUACUGAGGAAGGUCAUUCGGGUGGAACUGCAGGAGGCUGAUGGGGACUGUCAUCUCCAGGCUUUUGUGCUUCACCUGGCUCGACGCAGUGUCUGCAUCCAUCCCCAGAACCGCAGCCUGGCUCGGUGGUUUGAGCGCCAAGGGAAAAAGUUCCCAGGGAAAAGGCUCCCUGCCUGAAUCUGAUGCUACAAGGGAAAAUGGGCUGGAGUCCCCAACAGCUAAAAUAAUAAAGCAAGAUUAGACAAUGA